AUGAUACUUAUUUGCAAGCCAGGGAGCCCAGUUGAUUCGGCCAAAAAGGAAAUCCGUCUGGUUGAAAUAGAGCCAAGCAGCGAAUUUGAUGCUGAGAUCUGCUCCAGAUUCUGCUUUGUCUCUCUAGACCAUGAUCCCCUGCCUCGCUAUACCGCUCUAUCCUACGCUUGGGAAACUGCUUUGACCACAGAACAAAUAAAAGUGAAUGGUGCCGCUCUAGCGGUCACGCCAAAUCUGGGAAGAGCUCUAAGAUACCUGCGGAAAAGUGACACCACAGUGGCCUACUGGAUCGAUGCAGUCUCUAUCAAUCAAGACGAUGGGGAGGAGAAGCUGCAGCAAAUUCGCCUGAUGGCAAAUAUCUAUCGGUGCGCGCAAACGGUCUGCAUUUGGCUGGGGGAGCCGUCAGAAUCUAGCCCUUUGGGUAUGUCUUUGAUUGGGGGCAGGGCAAUAGAAGGCGAACCUCAUGAACUGCUGUGCGGACAAGCCUUGACAACUGAAUAUGCUGUUGAGUGUGCUCAAGCCCUCAAGGAGAUUUUAUCCCGUCCCUGGUGGUCAAGACUUUGGGCAGCUCAAGAAUUUGCUCUCGGAUCUGCCUCAGUCUUUAUGUGUGGCCGGCAAUGGUUCGAUUCGACACAGCUCAUUAAGGACGGUACCUUAAACAUGAUCGUCUCAAUAUUGAGUAUCCGGGGUGUACCUGCAGAGUCGCUCAUGUUACUGAAGUAUGUUGGGUCGAUCAGCUUGACCCAGACUACAGCCAUAAAACGACUCUGGGAUCUAAUGCCGUCGCAGAAGCCUUCAGGAAGGGCAGAAAUCUUUUGCGAAAUCCUGGAUCAAUGUACUACCAAGCUGUGCUCCGAUGACCGGGACAGAGUGUUUGGGCUGCUCGGGCUGAGCCCAGAGUCUCUGGCUUUGAGUAUCGACGCAACCUACGAUAAUUCCAUGACAGAAGUCUUCGAAAGUCUUACGAUCAACCUUCUUCGACAUCUUGACUCCCUCCUGGUGCUGUUUACGGCAGGAGUAGGACACCCCGGAGAUGUAGAAUAUCGCUCAGGAGUACGAGUUCGAUUAGAAGACCCCUAUUUGCCGUCAUGGGUACGAGACUUGAGACGGCCCAGACUUGAAUGGAUGUUUCCUCCAUGGUACGGAAAAUACAGGACUCCUUUUAACGCCUUCGCAAGCAAGGAGUGGACAUACCGCUAUGCAAACAAUCAACUGAUGCUCAAAGGGCUACGUAUUGGAAACAUUCCAGCGGUUGGACUGGGUACGGUCUGCCAAUCGCACUUCUAUAGGCCAGGCGAGCAGGCUGAUGGGCGGCGCGUUUUGCAAUCAUGGAUGGCUCUUUGCGAUGUGGCAGGUCGAGAAAGAGGCCGAGAUCCAUAUCCCCACGGCGGCUUCAAAGCUGACGCGUUUUGCCGAACACUUUACGGCGACUUUAAGACGACUAUCAUCAUGAGCGGACGCGGAGACUUCAAUUCCGUCCGCCUGCAGGCAUCAGAUGUGGAUGCCAUUGUCCAGAGUGCUGACUGGGCAGAGAAGCUUGCUCAGUACAGCGAUGAGGAAGGCGAACAGGAAGCAUUCUCAAUUCCACCCUUUAUCAUAGGAAGGCGCCUGUUUGUCACGGACACGGGGUACUUUGGCAACGGCGGUGCAUGGAUCGAGCCCAACGACCAAAUCUUCAUCAUCAUGGGUUGCCAUUAUUCAGUGAUUCUACGUCCCACGAACUCGUUGCAGAGCUGCACAACAUACAGACUCGUGGAGAUAUGCUACGUACACGGCAUCAUGGAUGGCGAGUUAUUUGACGGCGUUCCUUUUACCGGAAAGUCAGAAGACGAGUCCACAGAGGCAUAUCUUGAACGGACCGAACAGCUCGGUGACCAUGUUAUCGAGCCAGUCUGCCUCUGCUGA